UCCACAUCCUUCUAUAAUGUGGCACCUGGAAUUGAAUGCAAUACACCAGAUGUGGCCUAACCAAAGUCUUACAAAGCUGCACUUGGACACUGGAUCUUGCAGAAAAGAGGAAGUUCCUGCUGCAUUUAGUGAAGUUGGUAACUACUUGCGCAUGUUCAGGGGUUCCCUGUACAAAAGAUACCCAUCUCUGUGUCGCCGACUAGCUACAGUUGAAGAAAGAAAGAAGAUUGUGGCAUCCUCACAUGAUCAUGGUUAUACCACUUUAGCUACCAGCGUGACGCUUCUUAAAGCUGCGGAGGUGGAGGAAAUCCUAGAGGGAAAUGAUGAGAAGUACAAAGCCAUCUCGAUCAGCACUGAACCACCUGCCUAUCUCAGAGAGCCCAAAGCGAAGCGCAAUAGUCAGUGGGUGCCUACCCUGCCCAACAGCUCCCACCACCUGGAUGCUGUGCCCUGUUCUACAACCAUAAACCGCAACCGUAUGAGCCGGGACAAGAAAAGGACAUUCCCACUCUGCUUUGAUGACCAUGACCCAGCAGUAAUCCAUGAAAAUGCAUCUCAGGCAGAGGUGCUGGUUCCUAUUCGCCUUGACAUGGAGAUAGACGGACAGAAGCUGAGGGAUGCUUUCACGUGGAACAUGAAUGACUUAAACCAGGACCUUCUGACAAGAGUUACCCACUGGACUACAUCGGGCAUCUUAAUAACUCCAACUGUGUCCAAGUACAUGUGCUGGAGCAUCAGUGGAGCUAAUUUCUCACCAAUCUUUGCAGAAAAGUUGAUGACACCAGAGAUGUUUGCAGAGAUUUUGUGUGAUGACCUCGAUUUGAAUCCUUUGACCUUUGUCCCUGCCAUUGCAUCAGCGAUACGCCAACAGAUUGACUCCUACCCAACAGACAGUAUUCUAGAGGAUCAGUCUGAUCAGAGAGUCAUCAUUAAGCUGAACAUCCAUGUGGGAAACAUCUCGCUGGUCGAUCAGUUUGAGUGGGACAUGUCUGAGAGGGAGAACUCUCCUGAGAAAUUUGCUCUGAAGCUGUGUUCCGAGUUGGGUCUUGGAGGGGAGUUUGUUACCACCAUCGCUUACAGUAUCCGGGGUCAGCUUAGCUGGCAUCAGCGCACAUACGCCUUCAGUGAGAACCCUCUACCCACAGUUGAGAUUGCAAUCAGGAAUACGGGCGAUGCUGACCAGUGGUGCCCCCUACUAGAAACACUGACUGAUGCUGAAAUGGAGAAGAAGAUUCGAGAUCAGGAUAGAAACACAAGGCGCAUGAGACGUCUUGCAAACACAGCUCCGGCUUGGUAACUGAACAUUGGUCACCAGUCUGGAUCAAGUAAUGAAGUUCCUUGCAAUCAAGGGCUAGUUCUGAGAGAAUAGACAUUCCCCACAGCGGCCUUGUCGCAGACCCCACACUGUGUAUAAGGACUGGUGCCGUAGUGUCAGUGCUCCUUAAGAUAACUUGGUCUUAUCCAGUUCCAAUCCCUGCAGUCAGUGCACAGGAGUCUUGCCUUAAUCUGUUUUUUGUAUAGGUGCAAAUUGCAUUUCUGGAGAAGUUUUUUAAAUAAAGUUCUUAAUUUUAA